GGAAAAGCUGUACUUUCCAGCAGAUCUCAUCUCUAGGCGUCAUGACUUCCCUCCACCUUAUUCUGGGACUGACUUCUGCAUUAGGUCUACUGUAUUGUGGUACUGCUGCACCAGAAGACACAGGGUUUUCAAAGAGGUUCCCAAGAUCUGCUGAUGAGCCAACUGCAGUGGACUGUGAGCUUAGUAAAUGGAGUGUGUGGACUGAAUGUGACCCAUGCACUAAAGAGAAGUACCGUUCGCGGAGUAUUGUGAGGUUUGGCCAGUACGGAGGAAAACAUUGUCUGAGCGCGCUGGGAGAGAGACAACGCUGUAUGCCAGAUAAGCCUUGUGAUGAACGACCCCCUGACUGCGGAAAUGACUUUGAAUGUGAAUCAGGUAGAUGUAUAAAGCAGCGGCUACUGUGUAAUGUGGACAAUGAUUGUGGAGACAGUUCCGAUGAAAGUUGCGAUGAUGGGAAAGAUCCAAAACCAGUGUGCAGAACGGACGUUGAAUUGUCAGAAAUCGGAAGAACAUCAGGAGAUGGUUAUAACGUUCUCGGAGUAGGAGUAAGGAGUAACGCCUUUGACAAUGAAUAUUUUAACGGGGUCUGUGAUAGAGUCCGUGAUGGUAAUACAAGGACCUAUUACCGCAAGCCAUGGAAUGUUGCCGCUCUUGUUUAUCAGACUAGAGCUGAUAAAACGUUUACAUCAGAGGCCUAUAAUGAUGCUGUGUCUACGCUAACAAAGAUUACAAAUGAGAGAACAGUGGAGUUCGGAGCAUCCUUAUCUGCCAAAGUGACACCUUCACAGUACAAUUCCACUACGAUAAAAGGAAAAGUCGGAGUAGACUUGUCCAUGAAAAAAAGCGUGGAGAAUGUCAAAGAGUAUACUACAAAAACGGGUAAAAAAUUCUUAAGAGUGGCAGCAUAUGUGCAAUUGGGGACAUUCCAAAUGAGAUCUAGAAACUUCAUGUUAUCACCUACAUUCAUCGAUGACCUGAAGAACCUCCCGUCCAUCUAUGAUAAGGGAGAAUAUUUUGCCUUUCUGGAAACGUAUGGGACUCAUUAUGCAGUAUCCGGCAGCAUCGGUGGGAAAUAUGAACUUGUAUAUGUGCUGAAUUCCAAAGCUAUGGAAGCGAAAGCAAUUGAUACUGAAACUGUAACAAAGUGUCUUGGAUUUGAAGGUGAAAUAUCGGUUGCAGCUGAUAUCUUUGACGUUUCAGCUAACGCAAAACCCAAAGUUUGCAAUACUGUUACUACUUCUAAGAAAGAUCAGAAAGACGAAUCUGCUGUAAUCGAGAAGACCAUCUCAUUUGUGGAAGGAGGAAAAAUAGAUUUAGCAGCAGUUCUAGAUAGUAAACUGUCUCAGAAACCUGAAGACAUUGGCACUGAAUUAUUUUCUAAAUGGGCUGCAUCCUUAAUAGAUUCACCAGUAAUAACAAAGAAAAAGCUCGAGCCAAUUUAUAGUCUUGUUCCUGUUGACUUAAGAGAUGCCUAUAACAAGACAAAGUUCUUGGAGAGAGCCAUUGAAGACUAUUUUGAGGAAUACAGUGUGUGUAAAUGCCAGCCGUGCCAGAAUGGCGGCACUGUGGUGCAUAUUGAUGGGGAAUGUGUGUGUAAAUGCCCUGCAGAGUUUACUGGCCUAGCCUGCCAGACGCUAAGACAUGAAGUGCUCAAGAAGCCCGACAAACCCGCUGAAGGAAACUGGAGCUGCUGGUCACCUUUACCUAAGUGCAUAAAUGGAGUAGCUACAAGAACCCGGACAUGCAACCACCUGCCUGGACAAACAGAUAAAGCCCCGUGCCGCGGAGAAAGCGUUAAAACGGUUGAUUGUUAAACCUAUGACAUCCAACGCUGGGAUUCAAGAUUUUGCUCAUAUAGACAACUACAGCUAAUUAUGUUACCCUGUAGUGACCCCAGCCCCUCAUUUGUCAUGUCUUAUUACACGUAUGUCAAUGUAAUGUGUGUCUUCUACCUGUAAUUAAAAUGCUCACUGUUAUUACGCUGGCAGGCAGGUACAGGGCAGAAGAUGUGACAAGGUAAUGAAAUAAGGGCCAGCCUGUAACACUAGAACCAGUACGUCAUAGUCUAGACACAGACUGGGGCAUGUUACUAUUACUGUGUAUUAUUACUCUGUUGGUAAUAAAUAAAAGCAUCCUCUACAUAAAAACAA